CCCCGGCGCCUCUGCAGUAUAGGAAGGGCGCCUGUGAAGAAUGAAUAAGAGUGUCAGUUCAUUUUAAUUUCCCGUGUUAUAAAGUCCAGUUAUUAAGGUUGAUGAGUGAUUUGGAGAUCUUUCAAUACUACUUCAGAUAUGAAGUUGAUCGUAGUUCUGUCCCUUAUAUACACUAACUACGCUUACCCACAGGGAUUUGAAGACGCCAUCUUGAAAUUAUCAUUGAAAGAAGCACAGAUAUCAGAGAUUUCUAGUCCACACACCUCUUCCUUUAUUCAACCUACUUCUACUUACCAACCUAUUCCUGGUCCUUUAGGUUCAGAAUUCAUUUCUGAAAUCUCCAGUUCUCAAGCUAACCCUGAAACAUCCAGUUUCCAACCUAGUCCUGAAACCUCCAGUUAUCAACCUAACCCUAAAACCUCCAGUUUCCAACCUAACCCUGAAACCUCCAGCUCCCAACCUAACCCUGAACCCUCCAGUUCCCAACCUAACCCUGAAACCUCCAGUUUCCAACCUAGGCCUGAACCCACCAACACUCAACCUAGUCCUGAAACCUCCAGUUUCCAACCUAACCCUGAAACCUCCAGUUUCCAACCUAGUCCUGAAACCUCCAGUUCUCCACCUAACCCUGAAACCUCCAGCUCCCAACCUAACCCUGAACCCUCCAGUUCCCAACCUAACCCAGAAACCUCCAGUUUCCAAUCUAACCCUAAACUCACCAGUGCUCAACCUAGUAAUAAAACCUCCAGUUUUCAACCGACCCCUCUAACCUCUAAUACCCUACCUAACCCUUUAACUUCCAAUAAUCAACCUAUCCUUCAAACCUUCGGUUCCCAACCCUAUCCUGAACCCUCCAAUACCCAACCUAUCACUGAACCUUUCAAUACCCAACCUACCAUUGAACCUUUCAAUACCCAACAUACCAAUGAAACCUCCAGUUAUCAAUCUUACCCUAAAAACACCGAUACUCAACCUAAACCUGAAACUUCAAGUUCUCAGCCUUCUCCUGAAACCUCCGAUUCUCAAUCAUCGAUUUCAGUUGUUUCUAAUUCUGAACCUAGCCCUGAAUCCUUGAAUUCUAAAACACCUUCUGCUACAUUCAAUUCCAAACCAACUACCUCUACUUUGUCCAACUUUAUAAGUACGUAUAAUGUUUCCUCUGUAAAUCUGACUCCAUUACCUUCAAUUUCAUCCUACUCGAAACAUACUUCAGCUCCAUCCUACUCAAAACCUAGUUCCCCUUCAACAGUCUCCCAACCAACUCCUGUUCCAUCAAUCUCUCGUCCUACUCGUGCUUCGUCUUAUUCUUCAUCAAUCCCAGCUCCAUCCCAUUCUCAACCUACUCCUGGAGUUUCUUAUCCUCAAACUAAUCCUGGAGCAUCCUAUUCUCGUCCUACUCUUGGUUCCUAUUUCCCUAAACUUUCUCCAUCUGUUUAUCAGCCUAUUAAUGAAGUGACCUAUACUCGUUCUACUUCCAAUGGUGUUUAUUCAAAACCUAAUCAUAGGGAGACGUAUGCUCAACCAAAAACCUUAUAUAUACCAGAUACCCUUGUAGUUCCACCAUACAAUCAACCUACCUGGAGAUCUUCACAUCAACCAUAUCAACCACCAGUUUUACGACCAAUAUAUCAACCUCCAGCUUUACGGCCAUCAUAUCUGCCGCCUACCCCUAAACCAGCUGUAACCAAAAAUAGAUUGUUGGGAACUUUUGUCUCCCUAAGUGGAAGUUUGCUGGGAAUAGCUGGACAAGUAGCGAAACAUGCGGGAAACUUCAUUUAUAACUCAGGUCAUCUGGUGCGGGCUAGCGGGGAGAUGCUGUCACAUGUAGGUGUAGCUGUAGAGCAUGGUGGAGCUGUUCUUAACUCUGCUGGGUUGGUAGCUAGACACAGUGGAGAUUUGAUUCAUCAAGAUUCAGGGUUUGCAAGAAAUGCUCAAAGAGGACUAGUAUGUGCACUUAUCUGUCCUAUCAGACAAGGAGACGAUCAAAGGGUUUGUGAGAGUGAAAACUGUUCAGUUCAAGUUCAAGAUGAAAUUCAGGAAUAUGGGCAAGGACGUAUUGGAGAACUCCGGAGUUCACAAGAGGACAGUACUUUUCUUGGGUUCGGAGCAAACAUUCUCGUAUCAGGGUCUAGGAUGAUAAGUGAUAUUGCAUUUGUUAAGCUUCGCUUACUUCAGGGACUGUUCUCUACUCCUGACUGCUCCAAUGAGGAUGUAAAUGAGGUUGGAUGUAUAUCAGCAUACUGCUUAUUACCAGACGAUGAAAGAAGGAAAUAUUCUGACGAGGAUUCUUGUAAACUUGAUCUAGAAGAGACAGAUUUUCUAAUCAGUACAGCUCUAGGACCUGUUAUCGGAAAGAAGGAAACUUUUCGGGAUGAAAGAUUCGAAACUGACGUCAAAUAUCUUUCAUUCACAGGUAUUCCGUAUGCUGAACCUCCAACAGGCAGUUACAGAUAUUCCUACCCAAGAUCUGUGUCUAGCUGGGAAUGUCCCCUGGAUGCUACAAGACUGAAGAAUAAGAUGUGUCCGCAGAUUAGUAUAGGGGUAGAUCACGAAGGGUUGGUGCCGGGAACUGACGAGGACUGCCUUUAUCUUAAUGUUUAUGUUCCACAACCACAAGGAUUUAAUGGAAUCAACCGAGAAAAGCUUCGGCCUGUUCUGGUUUAUAUACACGGAGGAGCAUUUAUGUUUGGAUCUGGUUCAGCGUGUUGGUACGGACCAGAGUUCUGGAUGAUUCAUGAUAUUAUUGUCGUUACUUUCAACUACAGGCUUGGACCCUUAGGAUUUCUUUCCUUGGGUAGUAAAGAUAUCCCUGGUAAUGCUGGUAUGCUGGACCAGGUGGAAGCUCUUAAAUGGAUUCAAGAUAAUAUCAGAUCCUAUGGAGGAGACCCGGGUCAGGUUACAUUGAUGGGUCAGAGUGCUGGAAGCUUCUCAGCUACAUAUCAUUUAGUUUCUCCACUUUCAAGAGGAUUAUUUAAGCGAAUUAUUGCGCACAGUGGAGUUGGAGGGUUUUCCCCAAGCUAUCAUCAAUAUUCACCAGAACAAGCAGUCAAGUUUGGAGCUAAGUCAGCAGCUCUGAUUGGGUGUACUGAUGUAGAUUCACAACUUAGCUGUUUGAGGAAGAAACCGGUUUCUGAGAUAAUGUCGAUGGAUGUCAGAAAUGAGUUUCUGUCCCAACCUGUUGUUGAUGGAAACUUCUCCGACUCUCCCUUUCUUCCUGCUGAACCUAAAGAUCUAAUUAAACUUGGAAAAUAUGACCGAGACGUUGAUGUUCUUCUUGGGUUUAACAGACAAGAAGGUCUCAUGGUGACAUCACUCUUUAAAGACUAUCCUCUUCUUUACACUGCAAUGGCGGCCAGUUGGCCGGUUUUGGGGCCUUUUUCUUUACUAGGAAGACACCACUCUGAGAUUACAGAGAGAGAUAAAGAGAUAGCUAAUGAAAUUUUGAGCUUUUAUGUCGGGAAUGUGACUGAUAUAGGUCCUGACAAACUUGACAAUAUUACUGAUAUGUACACAGAUUCAUUUUUUUCAUACGGAGUACAUAACUUUCUUCAUCAUCACCUUAAACAUACUAGAGGGAACACAUAUCAGUUUGUGUACAGCUAUGAGGGAGAGAUGGGCCCGGGACACAGCGCUGAAAUUCCUUUGUUUUGGGCAACACAUAAAGGAAAACUGUGGUUGAAGUCGGCUCAGGAAUUAGAAUUAUCCCGGCAGUUGACAACAAUAUGGUCUAAUUUUGUAAAAACUGGAACACCCCGGAAUCCUAGAGUUAAUAAACCCUACCACGCUAGUGUCCAUCCAGUAUACAGGUCGCCCAGGACAUCUCUCCAGGGGAAGGGGGAGGAGGAGGAGGAGAAAACUAAACCAAAAUCUAUAUUAAAUACAGAUUUUAAUUGGACAAACUUGGCCAAAAAGGCCGAAUUAGAUAAAAUUCUAAGAAUAUCAACUCUAGACAUUGAAGAUUUCUUAAAGGUUGACCGAAACCUACGGCUCGAACCUGAGCUACCUGAAGUGCCGGAGUUUCUAGAAAUAUCGCAAAACUUGAGAAUGAGAAAAUCCGCAAACUGGGAGAAAAGAAUGCGCUUCUGGGAGACUAUAUUACCAAAUAUCUAGACCAGAUCAUGUGAUCAGAUCAUGUGACCAGAUUAUGUGACCAGAUCAUGUGAUCAGAUCAUGUGACCAGAUCAUGUGAUCAGAUCAUGUGACCAGAUCCUGUGACCAGAUCAUGUGAUCAGAUCAUGUGACCAGAUAUCUAGACCAGAUCAUGUGACCAGAUCAUGUGAUCAGAUUAUUUGACCAGAUCACACAUCUGUAUGUGAAAAUCUUAUGCACCGUUUGUUAACCUGUAAAAAAUGUGUCUUUCAGAAACAAAGUAUUAAAUAUUUAUUUAUUUAAAGAAAAUUUGAUAAUUUAGAAUAAAAAAUAAGAAAAUAUCGAUUUUCUUCCUUUUUUAUGUACAAAAUCAAAAAUUGAAGAAAAACAUUGAUUGCGAUGUAAAAUAUGAUGAGAUCAUUUAAAUCUUAUAAAAAGACUGUUCCUUUAAAGCAUAUAGUAUUUUUAUGCAUCAUAAUUGUUAUGAUAUUUCUAAAGUGUAGCCAUAAUCUAGUUUAACACUUGUAUUAAAACCUACUUAAAUAAACUAGAUCAACAACCAGAA